AUGUCCGCCCAGCUCGAGAAAGAUCUCUCAUGGGAGAGCAGCAUGCUGGGCAUACUCUACAGGCAGCUUUUCGUCUCCAGAAAGCCUCUAACUAAUCAAAUAUCACUCAAUGGACAGACUGCCGUCGUUACCGGCUCCAACGGCGGACUUGGCUUGGAAGCGUCCAGGCAACUUUUGCAGCACGGCUUAUCACGUCUAAUCAUAGCUGUCCGCUCACAAGCCUCUGGCGAUGGCGCUGCUGAGAUGCUGCGCAAGGAGUUUCCUGAUGUCGAUAUUCAAGUUUGGCUUCUAGAUAUGGCCGACUAUGACUCCAUUCAGGCUUUUACCAAACGAUACCAGGGCCUAGGUCGCGUUGACUACACCAUCCUGAACGCUGCGAUGCAGAGCAGCAAUUUCGAGCACCACGAGAAGACUGGCCACGAGCUGGUCUUCCAGGUCAACUACAUCUCCACUGUCCUUCUAUGCAUGCUGCUUGCGCCAAUACUGAAGGACAUGACUUAUACCGGCGCCAAUGUGAAACCGCCAGUUCUUAGCAUUGUCGGUUCCGACACCAUGUAUUUCAGCAAGUUCUCCUCCGCUGGGCUCGUAUUUCCCCGUAUGGACAACCCGGAUUCGUACGAGAGAAUGACACAAUACAUGGAUUCAAAGCUGCUGCUGAUGAUUUUCAUUAAUCGACUGGCGCAGCAAAUCGACCCGGACGAUGUGAUCAUUAAUGUUUGUAAUCCGGGCAUGGUCGCUGGAACAGGUCUGGGAAGAAAUGGGAGUCCGAACCCUGGGUUUGCUGAGAAGUAUUUAGUUCCGCUGUUUGUCAAGGCUCUAGGGCGGAGUGUCCAGUCCGGCGCAAGUGUGUAUGUCCACGCGCUGUUGGAUGAGGGCAAGAAAGGGCAUGGCAGCUUUAUCAGCGACUGGGAGAUCAAGCCGUAUCCUAGGCUGCUGUAUAUCAGCGAGGGUCAGGAACUGAGCGAGCGUCUGUGGCAGGAGACGAUAGAGGAGCUUAGACCUGCAUUGGGGGAGGUUAUAGCCAUAAGGGCCGUUUGGGGUCCAUUGUGCUUUCAACACUUGCUGAAGCAGGGUUUAGAUGGCUAUCAUAGGCCGAUCCCACGGAAUGAUGAGGCCCUAUCACCUAAUAUAGACUUCAAAAUACCUAGUUGCUGCUUUAAAUGGCCAGGAUGUUGUUAUAUCUACGGUGAAUCAGAUGGCUGUUCCUCAGCAGAAAUUGAUAAUAGACGCCGCAAUCAAAGCGAGGUCAAGUGCUUUAUCCCAUCAGACUUUGGCAGCAUAUCGGCCGGCCCAAGUGCAGCACAUUUACUCCACAAUGUCCAGCUCGUCGAGAUCCAAAACUACCUGGAAUCUGAUGAAGACCUCGUUGAGUGGACAGUUUUCAGCAUUGGUGCCUUCACUGAAUUCCUCGUCAACUUUGAUAUCGUCCUCGACUGA